AUGUCCGGCGAAAAGGUCCUCAAUUCCAAGCUCCAAACCCAAUUGGAGCAGCGUGAGCGCCAGAAGCGCCUUAUGCAGCCUCCUAGUCCCGGUAUGGUCAACCAAUUGGUCGACUUCGGGUCCAACGAUACCCUGUCCAUCGCGACCUCGCGGGCGCUGACCAAGGGCUUUCUGGAGCAAUUGGACGCGCACCCCAACUUCAUCGUGGGCAGCACCUCGACGCGCAUCUUCGAGGGCACAACGCACUACUUGGAUGACAUUGAGCGAGACCUGGCCCGUUUCCACAAGGCUGAGGCGGGCCUGUUCUUCAAUUCCGGCUUCGACGCCAACGUCGCCCUGUGGUCGACCGUCCCGCGUCCCGAUGAUGUGGUCGUGCAUGACGAAUACAUCCACGCCAGCAUCCACGACGGGAUGCGACGCGGUCGCGCGCAGACCCGGUCGUUCGCGCACAACGACCUCAAAGAUUUCCGGCGUGCCCUCGAGGCCCUCCGCGAUGACCAGAAGGGGGUCAAGGACGGCAAGAGCGUGGUCUUUGUGGCCGUCGAGUCGUUCUAUAGCAUGGAUGGUGAUGUGGUGCCCAUCCAGGAGAUGCUGCGCAUUUCCCAAGAGGUGCUCCCACAGGGCAAUGUGGUGUAUGCCAUGGAUGAGGCGCAUUCGAACGGGCUGAUUGGACGGGACGGAUCCGGGCUGGUGUGUCAUUAUGGAUUGGAGAAGGAGAUUGGGAUCCGGGUGCAUACUUGCGGCAAGGGGUUGGGGUCGACGGGGGCUGUUGUUCUUUGCUCGGAGACCAUGCGUAUGUCCAUGAUCAACUAUGCCCGCAAUAUCGUGUUUUCGACCGCGCCAUCGUUCGUCACUGUGGCGGCUGUGCGCGCGGGCUAUGAGUUGGUCGCAAGCGAGGAGGGCGAGCAGGUGAUGCAGCGACGCCGUCGUUUGCAGCAGAACACGCGCUACUUCGAGCGCAUGGUGACUCAACACAAGCAAUGGGCCGAAGUCAGCAAGCAGGGUAUCAUUCAGAUUCCCGGGUCCGAGAACUGGGGGUCGGGUCCGUUUGAGACACCCAUCUUUGCCUUGAUCACCCCGGGCGGCGAGGAGAAUGAGCUCGCGGACCAUAUCCGGGGGAAUGGGUAUUGGGUAGACUCGGUGCACUAUCCGAUUGUGCCGAAGCAGCUGGGACGCGUCCGGCUCACGGUGCAUGCGGAUAACACCAAGGAGCAGAUUGAACGAGUGGUCGGGGUGUUUAUGGAGUGGGCCGGUGCUAGGGUUAAGAAGGAAGGGAGGAGGGCGAAGUUGUAG